CAUUAAGCGACUUUGGAUUAAGAUGAAUAUUCUAACGAAGACUGUCAAAGUAAUUUGCAUAUUUUUGAUCUGUUCCCACACAGUAACAGACAACAAUGUGAAGUGUCAAGAUCUGGUCAAUCAAAUGGAUAUUAUGCAUGAGACAGCGCAGAAGCUACUUGAAGGCCUCAAGGAACAGUUGGAAGCACUUAAGGGCUAUGGAAAUGCUGAUAGUACCGAAUCCUCCAAAAUUACAGUGCAUCCUUCGUCCUGUUUGACAUCCUUCUUCAAUACAAGUGGCAUUUAUACGAUACAAGUGCCUGGCUUGGAGCCUUUUCCCGUAUCCUGUGACAAUUGUUUAGCCGGAUUUGGCUGGCUGGUGAUUCAGAGACGCCUCAAUGGCAGCUUAAAUUUCUUUCGCAAUUGGGAGGAGUAUAAAAUGGGUUUCGGUAAUCCGGAUGGUGAGUUUUUCAUUGGUCUGGACAAGUUGCGUGCCAUAACAGCUGUGGAACCUUUCGAGCUGUACAUUGUCCUGGAGGACUUUGAUAAUGAGACACGCUAUGCGAAAUUUGAUGAGUUUGCCAUUGGCAACGAAGAAGAUGGCUAUGCACUCAAUGUCCUUGGCGACUAUACGGGCAAUGCGGGUGAUUCACUGAGGAGUCAUCGCAAGAUGAAGUUUUCUACGUAUGAUCGGGAUAAUGAUCGUGAAUUUAACAGAAACUGUGCAUUUCUCCAUGUGGGUGCCUGGUGGUACAAUCAAUGUGUGGAUAGUAACCUCAAUGGUCAGUAUAUUGAUGGAGGCAAGUACGAGGAGAAGCUCUUUGCUCGCGGCAUGUGCUGGAGAGCCUGGCGUGGUCACAACUACGGCUACAAAUUCACCCAAAUGAUGAUAAGGCCAAAAUGCCGAAACUUUCCAGCUUCAUUGAAAACCAAGAACAGCAACAGUCAUCAACAGAGUUGUGAAUCAUUUUCUUAAAUUGCGUCACACUCAAUCUCAAGAUAAGUCUCGACGGAUGCCAAAAUUUAACAGAAUUUAUAUUUCCUGAGCUGAAAUAUUACUCAUAUAACAAUAUAUUACAUUGGAUAAAUAUUACAUAAGAGGCUGACGACAUUCAAUGGCGAGUACUGAUUAUCUGUGGAAGGAAAAACUUGACCUAUGUUUUUGCUUGAUAAGAAAUGCUUGCAGCUAAUAAAUUCAAUAUAAUGCCCGGCGAGAUACCCUGUAACAAAUGCAAAUUUAUACUGAACUAGCGCCAACUUUCUUAAUAAAAGAAUUUCAUUUGAAUAGAUAA